AGGAUUCCUCAGUCAGAGAGGAGCAGCAGAGGGAAAGACGACCGGACAGCUGCAGCACACACGGGGAAAAAAGAAACAUUUUUUUUUGUUUUUCAGCGAUGGCUAUGUUUAUCGCCUGUGGAUGAACAUUCCUCCCAGCAUUUUAUCAGGUCUCUGGUCAUCAAGCAGUCCUGUCUGCCUGUGAGGACCUGCAAGUGAGAAGGGAUUAAAUCAGGAAUCUGCCACCUCUCCUCAGUGGGUGUGAAUUCUUGGUCCGAAUCAUGGGGAACCAGCUGACUGAUAUUGCCCCCAACACGUCGUUCCUGCCAAGCUUCCAGUGUCUUCAUGUGGUGGUGAUUGGUCUGGAUUCAGCUGGGAAGACCUCCCUGCUCUACAGGCUCAAACUGAAGGAGUUUGUGAAAACCAUCCCCACCAAGGGCUUCAACACAGAGAAAAUCAAGGUGGCAGUGGGUGCGUCCCGGGCCACAAACUUCCAGGUGUGGGACGUGGGCGGCCAGGAGAAACUCCGGCCCCUUUGGAAGUCCUACACCCGUCGAACGGAUGGGAUAGUGUUUGUUGUGGACUCCACCGAGCUGGAGCGUCUGGAGGAGGCUAAGGUGGAACUCCAUAAGAUCACCCGCACCUCCGAGAACCAGGGGGUGCCGGUGCUGAUCCUGGCCAACAAACAGGACCUGGACUCGGCCUUGUCCGUCGGCGAGGUGGAGAAGCUGCUGGCCGUGCAGGAACUCGGCAUCUACACGCUGUACCAAGUGCAGGGCUGCAGCGCUGUGGACGGCCAGGGGCUGCAGACGGGCCUGGAGAAACUCUACGAGAUGAUCCUGAAGCGGAAGAAGACGGUGAAACACAGUCGAAACAGGAAGAGAUGAACUCUCUCCUCAGGGAUUGCAGACAUAACUCCUGAGGAGACGCUCUCAGUGUUGGGACACUUCCAGGCUUAAUGAGCCACUUAUUUUUCCGAGGGAGAGCGAUUUGCGCCAACAGAAUAAGACCAUUUACAAACUGCCUUUCAGGGGUCAGCAGAAAUGGACUUGCUCAUAACACCGAAGCAGUAUUGACUUUCUUGGUGGUGCAGUUGCUGAAAGCCGAGCUUAAUGAUUUGACAUUGACAGCAGUUAGUCAUCACUAAGUGCUUGUUUAGGCCAGAUUUAAAGACGAUUUCCAACAAGUACUAACACAUUCAUAUGGCAGGAUUCUGGUGAAGAAAACCAUCACCAGCUUUAACGGGAAGACUGUUUUUAUCCUCUCUGAAAUAUUUAUUCAGUGCGUCAGUGUGCGUGCUGGACAGAAGGCAGAUGUUACCUAAUAAUGCGACAUGAAGCAGUGUUUUGUGGUUUCAGAGUAUUAAUAAUUCACCUAAAGAAAGCACAUUCCUGUCAUCAGCACAUGCAGAUGUUAAGUUUCAGUUGCUUUGAUUCAAGAGUUUAUUAAAAUUGUACAUUUUUGUAAAUUUGGAGACUGAAUAAAUCUUAAGAGCCGUAUGAAAAAUG